AAAACGAACAGAUGGACGGUGAUGCGUUCACGGCCCAACGGUUGGAGGCGACUGCGCGCUUCCGCUCCUACUCCGCCGCCUCGCGCCGCCUCUGCGUCACUGUCAGCGCCUGUCACUCCGGGCUGUGAUGGCGGAGGUGGACGAGACCGACGUGAUGAUGAGUUACCACGGUGACUUCCUGAAAAGCGACCGAAAAAGCAGCCGCUACCCCUACUGCAUUGUCUGGACACCUAUUCCUCUCUUAUCGUGGGUGCUCCCCUUCAUUGGUCACAUGGGUAUCUGCACCUCAUCUGGGAUCAUCAGAGAUUUUGCAGGAUCGUACUUUGUCUCGGAGGACAAUAUGGGCUUUGGUCGGCCAACAAAGUAUUGGAAACUUGAUGUGGACAAAGUGUGCGGUAACGGUCCUGCAAUGUGGGACAAAGCAGUGCAGGACGCAUCUGAGGAAUACAAAUGUAGACCGCACAAUCUGUGCUUAGACAACUGUCAUUCCCACGUGGCGAUGGCUCUAAACCUCAUGCACUACGACAAUUGCACGUCUUGGAACAUGGUGAACCUGUGUGUGCUGUCUCUCAUUCAUGGAAAACACGUGAGCUGGGCAGCGUUCCUCAAGACCUGGCUCCCCUUCUUCAUGCUCUGCGGAGUCCUCGCCACCUUCAUCCUCACCUUCAACCUACAGUAGUGGAGCAGGCAGCCCACUGGGAUGACUCAUAGACAUUGGUUGUACAUUGUAACUGGCUUUUUGAUGACGUGUUUUGGCAGGACAUUUGGUUUUAAAGUGAAGGACUUCAUCGUCUGUUCGUGAUCUAGUCUUUUGGAAUGUUUCUUAGGGGCAAAACCCAGCUGUGUGUGGGUCAUUUCAGCAAUCAGUCAUUCAUUUAUGGAUUAACAGUUAAAGGAUAAAUUCACCCAAAAAUAAAAAAUGUGGUCAUUAUCUACUCAGCCCUGUACUGAUGGAAAGACGAACAGCUUUCUCCUAAACAACUGACGUAUAUUGGAAUUUGUUAAAUUGUAAAAAAAAAAAACAACAGUGGCUCCAUACAGCUCAUCCUGCAUAAUCCAAGUGUCCCAAAAUCCCAAACUGAUUCACAAAGAUGUAAUUUACACUCUGUACAAGGCUGAAAUUUUCAACGUAGCGGCUGAGCUAAAAGUGUGAUCAUGCACCUCGCCUGAAGAGGGUGCACCAGCUUGACUGCCUGUCAAGGGUCUAAAAAAGAUCUUCUGGAGACUUGGAUUAUGCUAGAUGAGCUGUAUGACGUCAUUUAACAUAGUUUUUCACAUUGUUUAUUAAGUCCCCAUCUGUUCAGUUGUUUAGAAAAAAUGCUGCAAUGCCGCUGUUUCAUGUGAAGCCCCAGAACUGUUUUGUGGACAUGGAAACCCCACUUUCCAAUUGUGAGUAGAUAAUGACUGAAUGUGGGUUUUUGGGUAAAUUUAUCCUUUAAGAUUCAUUUGUUUUUCUCUUCUACCACAAGUAUUUAUGAUUGAACAAGAUGCAUAAGCUACAGUGUCUGCAAAACGUCUCUUCAGAUUGAACCGCAGCCACAGCUUUUCUCAUGCUGGGUUAUAAAGAGUGUUACACAGGAAGAUGAUCUGUUUCCAGAGUACACCACAGCAGAGUAAUGCUGUUGAAUCCAGAGAUGUAUAUUUCAGGAGUGGCAGUGAUGAAUGUGAUUCCAGGCCGGCUAAUGUACAUUUCAGUGAUGAAUCACUACAAAAUGAGGCAAGAAAUCUUAAAACCGAAAAGUGUUCAUCAAUUAUUUGUCUAAGAGAUAUGAACCGCUACCAAAGAUAGAAUGAUGUAGGGCCCACAUGUGAUAAAUAGUGGUAUUGUGCUGUACAAACGCCCUCCUCCCUACAUUCCUCUUUCCGCUGCAAAUAUGUUAAGGGUUUUCUUUACGUGUAUUAUUUGCUUUGCUAAAUGUGCAUCCUCAUGCUGGAAUGUUAAUCUGCUGAAAACAUACUUAUAACAAGCAAUACAACAUUAUGUAUUAUUUAUUUUACUGGUUUCUUCUGAUGUUAUGUACCCAAACAAGUAUUAUUUAUAUUGUAUAUCUCUAUCAGUGUGAUAUUCCUUUAAGUUGAUUUUUGAUGUGCUGUGUACAAAGCUUUUAAAGUCUCCCCUGGCAGACUGCUGGAGGUCACAGGCUGUGGACGCCCUAAUUGUCCUCUGUACCUUUAAGGGAACCACAUACCUUCUCCAUCCGGCAGAUAGUGUGUGAUAUGAACUCCCAUCAAUUUCUUUAUUCCCAGAGUGGAGCAGAUUUCGAGGGGCUGACACUGGAGUGCUCUUUGCCGCCUCUGCAGCAUUCGUGUUCGAUAUUUGACAUAUAAAAUUCACGUGGAACUGUUA